AUGAUUCAAUUUCGGAACUUACUUUCAAAAUUAGACUGGGAGUUAGUCAUGCAAAGCGAAGAUGCUAAUAGCGCGUAUCAGUUAUUUUUAAAAUAUUUUUACACGCAGUACGAAAAAGCAUUUCCGAAAAGACGUGUAACUGUCAAAACCAAAAGCCUGUUGAGCCCGUGGAUGACAAAAGGACUCAUUAUGUCCUCAAGAAGAAGCAAAGAUUAUAUGAAAAGUUUUAAAAACUUAUUUGAAAAACUAAAAAAAGUUUCUAAAUUUUACUCAAAAAGUUUAGAAAUGACACUAAAACAACUUGGAAUAUUAUUAAGUAAAUUAUUGCCUCUCGGAAAAAAUCCCAUCAAGCAGCAAGCAUUUUGUCUCUUAAAAAGGUAUGACAGUAGGAUGGAAGAAUAUAAUUUAACAAUGGCCGAAUUGAAUACUACUUUUAAAAGCUUGCAAAGCAACAAAAGUGCUGGUAUUGAUGAAAUAAGUGUCAACGUCACCCAUCUCAGUACUACCUUGUUUUUCCAAAAUUUUAAACGCAUUAUGCACAAUAGAAUUUACGAAUAUUUUGUUGAUAAUGAUAUGUUGUACAUAACGCAAUUUGGGUUUCAAAAAGGACAUUCUACAGAUCACGCAGUAAGCGAACUGGUAAAUAAGAUUUCAGAAAGUUUUGAUAAAAAUAUGUUUACACUUGGGGUGUUCAUUGAUCUUUCAAAAGCAUUUGAUACCGUAAAUCACAAAAUUUUACUAUCAAAGUUGCAGUAUGACGGAGUACAGGAAUCAACCUCACUUUGGUUUAAAGACUAUCUUACAGACAGAAAGCAAUGUAUUCCUCACGUUAAUCAUACGACUGAAGUCAAAAAUGUGAAAUGUGGAGUUCCACAGGGCUCGAUACUUGAGCGCUCCUUUCUUUAA